AUGCGAUUCACAAGCGGCCUUGCGCUUUUUGCCUCCCUUUCCUCUGUGCUCUCUGCGACUGACACUCCACCUGAUUCAAUUACGCAAAUCUGCAAGAAAAGAGGUCAAGUCCCUCAGAAAGUAGGGAAGAGCUGGGGCUGCGCCUCGUCUUCGAGCAUUUGCGACCCUGAACAGGAUCAGAGCACCCUGCAUGAGGACCGCAAGACAGGCGAAUGGGCUUGUUGUCCUAGGGGACAGCCUUUGGUCGGCAGCUCUUGUGAGCAGCCCAAGCCUGAUGGAAAGCCUGACCAAACACCUAUCAAGCGACCUGGAACCUGUGGAGCUCUCGUCAAUGAUGCCGGGCUGGAAAACCUCCUCCGAGUUCUUUUGCAGCAGUGUUACCCUCACGACCAGGUUUCUUUGAAUGUCCUCAUCAAGUACUUCAUCACCAUUCUUCACCAGAGUAUCGAUCUCAUCGAUAUCUUCUACAAAAAGGACUGCGAUACUCCCACUCCUGGCCCCGGGCCGAACCCCAAACCGAGCCCCGGACCUCAUCAUGAUUGGUACGAUUGCUCGUCGGGCUCGACUUGCAAAUGGCUUCCAUUGGAGAACAACAAGACCCCCAAGAACCUAGCGGUAGCCAACGAGCCCACGCUUUUGCCAAACCCCAACGCGGCCGUGGCGAGCUACAAGUAUCCUUUUGAUACAUGGGUGACAAAGUUCGAAGGGGAUGAUUUGGACAUUUACAUCCAGGGUCGGAAGCUCCCUGUGCAGGAAUCCGGGACGAGUUAUUUGAUUCCUGCUGGAACAUCGGCCAGCGAGGUGUACUACAAAUCCUCCAAGGGUGCUAAAAUCCAGUUCUACGGGGCUUGUUCCGCGGAUACACCAUGCGUGAGCGAGGAGGUGAAAGACUGGGUGCAAGGCCCGGCGGUCCUAAUAGCCCAGCCAGAUGCGGAUAUCGACGUUAGCGGCUACGACUUCGAUCUUGUUUUCACCAUUGCGGAUACGUCAGUCACCACGGAGCAGUACACAGUCCUCGCAGAUGGCAAGGAAGUUGGUAAGACGCACGGCCGACUGUCCCUUGGUUGCGACAAAUACAACACGAAGUACAUCGCCAAUGUUGAUGUUGGUGUUGGUCCUUAUGGCGCCCUCAGGAGCAUCGCCAAUGACGGGUUCUGGGGCUCAUUCAAGAUUCCUAAGGAAACCAAGAAAGUGACAGUUCAUAUGAACUAUGAGAGCCCGAGCUACCCAUACUUUCUCUUCGAGUAUCGGAUGGAUAAGCUCUGUCAAUGCUAG